AUGGCUGCAACUGCUAUCAGAGAUAUCGUCUCCGACCCCUCACUGCUGCCCGUCCUAAACACUGCCGCCGAGACUCGGGAUCUCUGUCACAAACUAUUGUCCUUGUUGGACCCGUCAAUCGCCCCCGACCAGCUAUCUGAAUCGCCGCAUACAGUACAGAAGCAUCUGUUUGCUCUUCUCGCGCAGCUCCGAGGUCAGAAUCGUGAUGCCAUUUUCCGGGUUCGAGAUACAAAACAGCGCACCGCGGAGGCACGGCAGGAGAUCGACCGGUUACAUUUACAGCUUCAGAAUUUGUAUUACGAGCAGCGACACUUGACGGGAGAGAUUGCCGCUUGCCAGUCCUACGAUCAUAAAUAUCGGUCGCUUCCUCUGAUACCGGUGGAGGAAUUCCUAGAGCUGCAUCCUGAGCACCGCGAGUCGGACGAGCACGAAUUGAUGGUUGCGCGAAUAAACCACGAACAUGCAGAACGGGAGAAGCUUGAGCAGGCACGGCAGGAGCUUCUCAAGCGCAAGCAGGCUCUGAUUACGGAGAAUAACAAGCGGAAGGAGGAUCUAGCCAGCCUCGAUCAAGAUCUCGAGAAGUUCAUCGAUGCUGCGAAACCCAUACAGAAGCUAUUCGAAAAGGAAUACUAA